UUGUACGACACUCCCAGUCCGGGCUCUAAUGGGAUUUAUUUUUUCUACUUUCGAGAGUCACUCCUCGCUAAUGUUGUAACCCGAACGAUCGGAACGAUUGUGUUGUUGUACGGGGGUCUCAGAUUAUUCGGAGGAGUAAAAUAUGGUCAUGUUUCGGGUCGGGGGACAAUGGGAUUCGGGCCUAUUUAAUUAGAUGCUUUGCUUAUUAUUAAUAGGCAUUAAAAAUAAAAACUUUUUUUGUGUGAGUUAUAAAUAAACAUAAAAAUAUUAGCAUGAUUUUUAAAAAUUCUAGAAAAAAUAUUAUUGAAAGCUGGCAUAUUUUAAUUGAUUUUCCCAUAGGAAAAAUAAUAGUAAAUUAUUUAUAAACCCACGGGAUUGCUUAUAAAAAAAUAUUUUUUAAAUAAUAAUAAAGUUUUUUCAUAACAAGCCUUUUUUCUCUCACACACAAUUAAUCCGGCUUUACUUUUAUGCAUCUUCCUCUAUUUACUGGCUUCCUUUCUUGAUACUUUUCUCUCACUUUUACUAAUUCCCCUUUCAGUUUCCCUUUCAUUUUUCUCCAAAUCCGGUGUGUCAAAUUGGCUAGAAAAUUAAUCUUGUACUAAAAAGAUGUGUUCACGUGUAUAUUUUUAAUAGUAUUUUUCAAAAAUAAAUUUCUUUUUCCGUUUAAAUCGAUUUAAAUUUUAAUAAAAUUUUGUAUUUCCGCUUUUUUCACGCAAUAAAAGAGUACAUUUAAAUUUAAUUAGAGCUUUUUAUUAUUGACAGACUUUGAGGACUGUCACUAUUAAUAAAGUAACUUCCCCAUUUUUCUUUGAAUUCUUUCAUUAAUACUUUUAUUUGCUUUGAAAUUAGCUUCUCUCAUUAUUUUCAUGCUUUAACUCAAAAAUUUUUUUUUAUAAAUAUGCUUUUUAUUAGAAAAAUAAAGUCAAUUUUAUUGUUAGUAGCAAAGUUAAGUAGCGACCCGAUUUCAGGAAAUGAUUCUAGGAAAUAGGGUUCUCGGGAUUGGGACCGAGGAACCCGCGAUAAUUUUCGGAACACUGAGAACAAUAUAAGGGAACUGAAGAUAUAUCGCUAUCAACGAAUGAUGCUAGUAGUGAGGGUUUGUUAGUAUCGAAGCAAGGUAGCGACCCAGGUUCGAGAAACAAUUCCGGGAACUUCCCGGAACCCCACGUUCUCUUGCCUGACCCCCGGAACUGCCAAAAUCUUUUUGGAGCCGCAAGAACAUUUGAAGGGAUCUAAAGAAAUGUAUCGCCAGUGAAAUUUCGAUAAUACCGAGUCUCUACUAGUGAGAUAACAAGAUAUUUUGAAGUUUUGUAAAAAAUUUCCUUAACUAGAAUUUUCAAACUUAAUAAUUUUCAAGUCUUUCUCACCUAUUUUAUAAAUCCUCUCCUUCUUCUAUUUUUCCCAAUUUUCACCAAAUAUUUAACUAUAAAAUUUUUGAAUAUCCUCCCCAAAAUCUUCAACUUGUGUGUUUUAUUUAUAUAUGCCAUUGUGGCCUUCGGCCUCGGCAUUGAGGCAAUCAAAGCAUCAUCUACAUAAUAAAAAGCGAAAUAAAGGUGCUGCAGAUUUGUUAUUUGUUUGGGUUCUGAGUAUAAUAAUCUCUCAAUCAACCUACAAUAAUGAAAAAUUAAAAAAAAUUUUCUUAGGCGGAGCACACGGACGCGAAACAUCCCAUUAUCAACAAGCGGCUAUCUUUGAGCUAGGCGCCAUGAUUCUUCAAAAUAUGUUUGGUGCUCUCUCAUUUCUACGCUAUCAAAAAGACGACGACCUUGUUGAUCGUCUUUCCUAUUUUUACACCUCCUCAUUUUUAAUUAUGAUGGCUGUUUUAGUUAGUUUUAAACAGUUUGGAGGUCGUCCCCUUGAAUGUUGGGUACCUGCUCAAUUUACCUCUUCAUGGGAGGCCUACACCGAGAUGUUCUGCUGGCAAAAAAAUUUUUCUGAAUUAAGGUCAGAAAAUACUUACUUCGUCCCCGUAGACGAAGACAUCCCCGAAGAGAUUGCAGAAAGAGAUUACCGUAAAAUCUCUUAUUACCAAUGGGUGCCUUUCUUUUUGCUCAUCCAAGCCUUUUUGUUUUAUGGCCCAUGUUUAAUUUGGAGGUUAAUGAGUGAUAAAUCUGGUAUCCGUUUAAAUGAUAUUGUACAAAUGGCAACGGAAAAGGAGAAUAUUGAACCAGAAUAUAGAAUGAGAACAAUUGAAUCACUUGCUAGGCAUAUCGAAGCAGCUUUAAGGUACCAACAUACAGCAACAUCCCGCACUCAAUACACACUUCAUCGGGUAUUUAAAUGCUUUAAUCUGCGUUAUUAUGAAAGCUACGUGACUGGAAUGUAUUUAGCAACAAAAGUAUUUUAUGUUGGAAAUGUUCUCACAAAUUUAUUACUUUGUGUAUUAGUUAUCAACAUUUUUAACGAAAAAAUAUUUAUUUUGUUAUGGCUUUGGUUCUGUAUUCUAUUUUUUAUAACUCUGUUUGAUGGACUAUAUUGGUUUAGUGUUUCUUUGUUUCAUAGAGAUAGGUUUCGGUUUGUCUUGAGACAUUUGGAGCUUACUUCCGAUCCAGAUCGUCCUGAGCUUUUUAGAAAGGAGAAGAGAAAGCAAGUUGAACACUUUUUGAAGGCCUACUUAAAGGUAGAUGGAGUUUUGGUGCUUAGAAUGAUAGCACUCCAUGCUGGAGUGAUGUAUUGUACAGAAAUAACAGAUGCUUUAUGGAAAAGAUAUCUUUCACAACACCCAGAAAAUUUGAUUGAUGAAGAUUCGGUGCUUAUAAAUUUUGCUCGUACCCAAUCAAUUCGAAGACGUAUUGGAUGUAGUGCCUCAUCUACUUCCCUUGCUCCAAAUCACAAUGGUUCUUCUGGCGGUAGUGCUGGGCGAAGAGUUAUUCAAAGGAAUGCCCACGCUCGUCUUUCACGUUUCCUUUCCUAUCGUCAAGUACCCGCUGCUGUAAGAAAUACUCGUGGUGCUGUAGUCUAUCGUCCAAAUCCUCGAGGUACUGCUCCAGGCACUACUACAACUUCUAGUGGAACAACAGUUGAAAGGGGAAGAAUUAUCAAUCGUUGCAAUUCUCCCUUGUCUCAGAGGCAUUAA